UUAAACUUGGGGGCGGGAGUUGGUUCAGUUUGAAUCAGAGGAGCAGCAUCUCCGCUCGGACUGACAACACAGCGACACACGGGUCCUCUCGAUCUGAACUCAUGGCCUCCCAGAACAUGGACCCCGCAGCGGCAGCAGCUUCCUCCACAGCCGCUCUGAAAGGCAGUGAAAGCGGCGGCAGCGCGACCAAAGGCUCGGUGUCUAAACGGUUACAACAGGAGCUCAUGACUCUGAUGAUGUCAGGUGAUAAAGGAAUCUCAGCAUUUCCAGAAUCAGAUAAUCUCUUCAAAUGGGUCGGAACCAUCGAGGGAGCUCAGGGGACGGUGUAUGACGGGCUCAGGUACAGGCUGUCUCUGGAGUUUCCCGCUGGUUAUCCGUACCAGGCUCCUCGUGUAAAGUUCGUCACUCCGUGUUUUCAUCCCAAUGUUGAUGAGAACGGUUUCAUCUGUCUCGACAUCCUCAAGGACAAAUGGUCGGCGCUCUACGACGUCCGCUCCAUCCUACUGUCCAUCCAGAGCCUGCUGGGAGAGCCGAACAACGAGAGUCCUCUGAACACGGCCGCAGCAGAACUGUGGGAAGAUCAAGAAGCCUACAAAGCUCAUCUACAUUCGACCUUCCAGAAGUGAAUCUGCUCCACAUUUCCUCCUUCUUGUGUUUGUCUUCUGUGUUUGUACAAUAUUUUUAUGUUUGUUCACCUCGCUGUAUCAAUAAAGUUCUUAUUCAACACAGA